AUGGUAACCCAGAGUAUCGGGGUUCAGAUGGUAACCCAGAGUAUCGGGGUUCAGAUGGUGAACCCAGAGUAUCAGGGUUCAGAUGGUAACCCAGAGUAUCGGGGUUCAGAUGGUAACCCAGAGUAUCGGGGUUCAGAUGGUAACCCAGAGUAUCAGGGUUCAGAUGGUGACCCAGAGUAUCGGGGUUCAGAUGGUAACCCAGAGUAUCAGGGUUCAGAUGGUAACCCAGAGUAUCAGGGUUCAGAUGGUAACCCAGAGUAUCAGGGUUCAGAUGGUAACUUUUCAGAGGAUGUGCUUAUAUGACUACUGUUCUACAUUGCUGUACAUCGUUUCUGUUCCAGGGAGAAUGUCCUGUCCCACCUGUCCGACAGAGUGUUCGACCGGCCCAUCUGUGAGGUUCUGUUGAACCAGAAGUACUUUAACGGCAUUGGCAACUACCUGAGAGCAGAGAUACUCUUCAGGUGACCGACAUCAAUCACUGCCCCAACAUCUAUGUUAACCUUGAUUUAUUUUAGAGUAUGAUAUUGUUUUAGUAUUAGAACCAUGUCUUGUCAGAUAUUGUGAGUCAAAACAAAACUAUCAACACCAUAGUUGUACAAGCACAUUUUCAAGCUAUGACAUUUUCUUUACUUGAAAUUCCCUAGAAUUCUUCCUCAUCUUGUGAGAAACAGACCUUCUUCUGACGUAAUGAGCUACUCUUUCCUCUCUUAUUUUAGAUUAAACAUUCCUCCCUUUGUGAAGGCUCGGACGGUUCUGGAAGGACUUCAAACACAUCUGUCGGAAGAGGACCAGAAGUCGGUUGUUAAAGUGGAGACCACAGACACCGAGGUCAAAGAGGAGGUCUCAGACACAGAAGUGAGAGAGCAGGCCAGACUCACUGACCAUUGCAUGCUUUUACAUUACCGUGUAGUUUACCAAUAAAAUGGUCAGACAGUGACCUGGAUAUACUCGGUAUUCAUAUCCCGAAAGAAAGACAUUAUCUCACUACAAUACAUUUUAAUAGAAAGUUAGCAAUAAAAAUAAAUAGAGUCGCACACAUCUAUAUAUACACACUACCGGUCAAAAGGUUUAGAACACCUACUCAUUCAAGGGUUUUUCUUUAUUUUUACUAUUUUCUACAUUGUAGAAUAAUAGAAGACAUCAAAACUAUGAAAUAAAACAUAUGGAAUUGUGUAGUAACCAAAAAAGUGUUAAACACAUUUUUUAAAUAGCCACCCUUUGCCUUUGACAGCUUUGCACACUCUUGGCAUUCUCUAAACAGUAGAAGGAGUUUCCCACAUACAGUUGAAGUCGGAAGUUUACAUACACCUUAGCCAAAUACAUUUAAACUCAGUUUUUCACAAUUCCUGACAUUUCAUCCUAGUAAAAAUUCAUUGUCUUAGGUCAGUUAGGAUCACCACUUUAUUUUAAGAAUGUGAAAUGUCAUAAUAAUAGUAGAGAGAAUGAUUUAUUUCAGCUUUUAUUUAUUUCAUCACAUUCCCAGUGGGUCAGAAGUUUACAUACACUCAAUUAGUAUUUGGUAGCAUUGCCUUUAAAUUGGGUCAAACGUUUCGGGUAGCCUUCCACAAGCUUCCCACAAUAAGUUGGGUGAAUUUUGGCCCAUUCCUCCUGACAGAGCUGGUGUAACUGAGUCAGGUUUGUAGGCCUCCUUGCUUGCACACGCUUUUUCAGUUCUGCCCACACAUUUUCUAUAGGAUUGAGGUCAGGGCUUUGUGAUGGCCACUCCAACACCUUGACUUUGUUGUCCUUAAGCCAUUUUGCCACAACUUUGGAAGUAUGCUUGGGGUCAUUGUCCAUUUGGAAGACCCAUUUGCGACCAAGUUCUUCGGCUUGCAAGCAACCCCCUUUUUCCUCCAAACAUAACGAUGGUCAUUAUGGCCAAACAGUUCUAUUUUUGUUUCAUCAGACCAGAGGACAUUUCUCCAAAAAGUACAAUCUUUGUCCCCAUGUGCAGUUGCAAACCGUAGUCUGCCUUUUUUAUGGUGGUUUUGGAGCAGUGGCUUCUUCCUUGCUGAGCGGCAUUUCAGGUUAUGUCGAUAUAGGACUUGUUUUACUGUGGAUAUAGAUACUUUUGUACCUGUUUCCUCCAGCAUCUUCACAAGGUCCUUUGCUGUUGAUCUGGGAUUGAUUUGCACUUUUCGCACCAAAGUACGUUCAUCUCUAGGAGACAGAACGCGUCUCCUUCCUGAGCGGUAUGAUGGCUGCGUGGUCCCAUGGUGUUUAUACUUGCGUACUAUUGUUUGUACAGAUGAACGUGGUACCUUCAGGCGUUUGGAAAUUGCUCCCAAGGAUGAACCAGACUUGUGGAGGUCUACAAUCUUUUUUCUGAGGUCUUGGUUGAUUUAUUUUGAUUUUCCCAUGAUGUCAUGCAAAGAGGCACUGAGUUUGAAGGUAGGCCUUGAAAUACAUCCACAGGUACACCUCCAAGUGACACAAAUUAUGUCAAUUAGCCUAUCAGAAGCUUCUAAAGCCAUCACAUCAUUUUCUGGAAUUUUCCAAGCUGUUUAAAGGCACAGUCAACUUAGUGUAUGUAAACUUCUGACCCACUGGAAUUGUGAUACAGUGAAUUAUAAGUGAAAUAACCUGUCUGUAAACAAUUGUUGGAAAAAUUACUUGUCAUGCACAAAGUAGAUGUCCUAACCGACUUGCCAAAACUAUAGUUUGUUAACACAAAAUUUGUGGAGUGGUUGAAAAACAAGUUUUAAUGACUCCAACCUAAGUGUAUGUAAACUUCUGACUUCAACUGUAUGCUGAGCACUUGUUGGCUGCUUUUCCUUCACUCUGCCGUCCGACUCAUCCAAAACCAUCUCAAUUGGGUUGAGGUCGGGGGAUUGUGGAGGCCAGGUCAUCUGAUGCAGCACUCCAUCACUCUCCUUGGUCAAAUAGCCCUUACACAGCCUGGAGGUGUGUUGGGUCAUUGUCCUGUUGAAAAACAAAUGAUAGUCCCACUAAGCCCAAACCAGAUGGGAUGGCGUAUCGCUGCAGAAUGCUGUGGUAGCCAUGCUGGUUAAGUGUGCCUUGAAUUCUAAAUAAAUCACACACAGUGUCACCAGCAAAGCACCCCCACACCAUAACACCUCCUCCUCCAUGCUUUACGGUGGGAAAUACACAUGUGGAGAUCAUCCGUUCACCCACACCGCGUCUCACAAAGACACGGUGGUUGGAACCAAAAAUCUCCAAUUUGGACUCCAGACCAACGGUCAAAUUUCCACCGGUCUAAUGUCCAUUGCUCAUGUUUCUUGGCCCAAGCAAGUCUCUUCUUCUUAUUGGUGUCCUUUAGUAGUGGUUUCUUUGCAGCAAUUCGACCAUGAAGGCCUGAUUCACACAGUCCCCUCUGAACAGUUGAUGUUGAGAUGUGUCUGUUACUUGAACUCUGUGAAGCAUUUAUUUGGGCUACAAUUUCUGAGGCUGGUAACUCUAAUGAACUUAUCCUCUGCAGCAGAGGUAACUCUGGGUUUUCCUUUCCUGUGGCGGUCCUCAUGAGAGCCAGUUUCAUCAUAGCGCUUGAUGGUUUUUGCGACUGCACUUGAAGAAACGUUAAAAGUUUUUGAAUUUUUCCGGAUUGACUGACCUUCAUGUCUUAAAGUAAUGAUGGACUGUCGUUUCUCUUUGCUUAUUUGAGCUGUUCUUGCCAUAAUAUGGACUUGGUCUUUUACCAAAUAGGGCUAUCUUCUGUAUACCUCCCCUACCUUGUCACAACACAACUGAUUGGCUCAAACACAUUAAGGAAAGAAAUUCCACAAAUUAACUUUUAAGAAGGCACACCUGUUAAUUGAAAUACAUUCCAGGUGUUUACCUCAUGAAGCUGGUUGAGAGAAUGCCAAGAAUGUGCAAAGCUGUCAUCAAGGCAAAGGGUGGCUACUUAGAAGAAUCUCAAAUGUAAAUAUAUUUUGAUUUGUUUAACACUUUUUUGGUUACUACAUGAUUCCAUGUGUGUGAUUUCAUAGUUUUGAUGUCUUCACUAUUAUUCUACAAUGUAGAAAAUAGUGAAAAUAAUGAAUAACCCUGGAAUUAGUAGGUGUGUCCAAACUUUUGAAUGGUACUGUGUGUGUAUGUAUGUGUGUGUGUAUGUGUAUGUAUAUAUAUAUAUAUAAUAACUCCCAAGUAAUUUAUUGGGUAAACCACCAACGUUUCAGCAUUACAUCGAAAAAGUUAUAUAUAUAUAUAUAUAUAUACACACACACAGACGGUAUAUAUAAUAUAUGUGUGCCUUUGGAAAGUAUUACAUUUACAUUUACGUCAUUUAGCAGACGCUCUUAUCCAGAGCGACUUACAAUUAGGUGCAUUUUUUUUUCUUUUUCUUUUUUUUAUGGGGGGGGGGGGGGGGGGGGUGUUGGAGUAAGGGGGGGGGGGGGGGGUAGAAGGAUUACUUUAUCCUAUCCCAGGUAUUCCUUAAAGAGGUUCCACAUUUUGUUACAUUACAGCCUUAUUCUAAAAUGGAUUAAUACAAAAAAAAUCCUCAAUCUACACACAAUACCCCAUAAUGACAAAGCGAAAAAAGUUUUUAAGUUUUUUCAAAUAUAUUAAAAUUUCAAAACAGGAAUACCUCAUUUACAUAAGUAUGCAGACCCUUUGCUAUUAGACUCGAAAUUGAGCUCAGGUUCAUCCUGUUUCCAUUGAUCAUCAUUGAGAUGUUUCUAGAACUACAACUCCGAGACAGGAUUGUGUCGAGGCACAGAUCUGGGGAAGGGUGCCAAAAAAAAAUCUGCAGCAUUGAAGGUCCCCAAGAACACAGUGGCUUCCAUCAUUCUUAAAUGGAAGAAGUUUGGAUCCACCAAGACCCUUCCUAGAGCUGGCUGCCGGGCCAAACUGAGCAAUCGGGGGAGAAGGGCCUUGGUCAGGGAGGUGACCAAGAACCCGAUGGUCACUCUGACAGAGCUCCAGAGUUCCUCUGUGGAGAUGGGAGAACCUUCCAGAAGAACAACCAUCACUGCAGCACUCCACCAAUCAGGCCUUUAUGGUAGAGUGGCCAGACGGAAGCCACUCCUCAGUAAAAGGCUCAUGACAGCCCACUUGGAGUUUGCCAAAGGCACUUAAAGAAUCUCAGACCAUUAGAAACAAGAUUCUCUGGUCUGAUGAACUCUUUGGCCUGAAUGCCAAGCAUCACGUCUGGAGGAAACCUGGCACCAUCCCUACGGUGGCAGAAUCGUGCUGUAGGGAUGUUUUUCAGCUGCAUGGACUGGGAAUCUCCAAACGAGCUUCAAUGCCAUACAACACUCCUUCAGUAGCCUCCAACUGCUCUUAAACACUAGUAAAACUAAAUGCAUGCUUUUCAAUCGAACGCUGCUUGCACCCGCCCACCUGACUAGAAUCACCACUCUCGACGGGUCUGACCUAGAGUAUGUGGACAACUACAAAUACCUAGGUGUCUGGUUAGACUGUAAACUCUCCUUCCAGACUCACAUUAAGCAUCUCCAAUCCAAAGUUAAAUCUAGAAUCGGCUUCCUAUUUCGCAACAAAGCCUCCUUCACUCAUGCUGCCAAACAUGCCCUCGUAAAACUGACUAUCCUACCGAUCCUUGACUUCGGCGAUGUCAUUUACAAAAUAGCCUCCAACACUCUACUCAGCAAAUUGGAUGUAGUCUAUCACAGUGCCAUCCGUUUUGUCUCCAAAGCCCCAUACACUACCCACCACUGUGACCUGUACGCUCUUGUUGGCUGGUCCUCACUACAUGUUCGUCGUCAAACCCACUGGCUCCAGGCCAUCUAUAAAUCACUGCUAGGCAAAUCCCCCGCCUUAUCUUAGCUCAUUGGUCACCAUAGCAGCACCCACCCGUAGUCUGCGCUCCAGCAGGUAUAUCUCACUGGUCAUUCCCAAAGCCAACACCUCCUUUGGCCGCCAUUCCUUCCAGUUCUCUGCUGCCAAUGACUGGAACGAAUUGAAAAAAUCUCUGAAGCUGGAGACUCUUAUCUCCCUCAAUAACUUUAAGCAUCAGUUGUCAGAGCACCUUACCGAUCACUGCACCUGUACACAGCCCAUCUGAAAUUAGCCCACCCAACUACCUCAUCCCUAUAUUGUUAUUUAUUUUGCUCUUUUGCACCCCAGUAUCUCUAUUUGCACAUCAUCUCUUGCACAUCUAGCAUUCCAGUGUUAAUACUAAUUGUAAUUAUUUUGCACUACAGCCUAUUUAUUGCCUUACCUCCAUAACUUGCUACAUUUGCACACACUGUAUAUAUAUUUUCUGUUGUAUUUUUGAUAUAUAUUUUUUUUUACCCCAUAUGUAACUCUGUGUUGUUGUUUUAUCGCACUGGCUUUGCUUUAUCUUGGCCAGGUCGCAGUUGUAAAUGAGAACUUGUUCUCAACUGGCUUACCUGGUUAAAUAAAGGUGAAAUACAAAAAAUUAAAAAAUAAAAUCUAGUCAGGAUCGAGGGCAAGAUGAACGGAGCAAAGUACAGAGAGAUCCUUGAUGAAAGCCUGCUCCAGAGCGCCCAGGACCUCAGACUGGGGCGAAGGUUCACCUUCCAACAGGACUACUACACAGUAUAGCUGAUAGCAUGCUACUAUACAGUAUAGCUGAUAGCAUGCUACUAUACAGUAUAGCUGAUAGCAUGCUACUAUACAGUAUAGCUGAUAGCAUACUACUAUACAGUAUAGCUGAUAGCAUGCUACUAUACAGUAUAGCUGAUAGCAUGCUACUAUACAGUAUAGCUGAUAGCAUGCUACUAUACAGUAUAGCUGAUUAGCAUGCUACGUUACAGUAUAGCUGAUAGCAUGCUACUAACAGUAUAGAUGAUAGCAUGCUACUAUACAGUAUAGCUGAUAGCAUGCUACUAUACAGUAUAGCUGAUAGCAUGCUACUAUACAGUAUAGAUGAUAGCAUGCUACUAUACAGUAUAGCUGAUAGCAUGCUACUAUACAGUAUAGCUGAUAGCAUGCUACUAUACAGUAUAGCUGAUAGCAUGCUACUAUACAGUAUAGCUGAUAGCAUGCUACUAUACAGUAUAGCUGAUAGCAUGCUACUAUACAGUAUAGCUGAUAGCAUGCUACGUUACAGUAUAGCUGAUAGCAUGCUACUAUACAGUAUAGAUGAUAGCAUGCUACUAUACAGUAUAGCUGAUAGCAUGCUACUAUACAGUAUAGAUGAUAGCAUGCUACUAUACAGUAUAGCUGAUAGCAUGCCUACUAUACAGUAUAGCUGAUAGCAUGCUACUAUACAGUAUAGCUGAUAGCAUGCUACUAUACAGUAUAGCUGAUAGCAUGCUACUAUACAGUAUAGCUGAUAGCAUGCUACUAUACAGUAUAGAUGAUAGCAUGCUACUAUACAGUAUAGCUGAUAGCAUGCUACUCCGCAGUAGUCUUUCUGUUAUUCAUAUUCAACUAACUACUGUUUCCUGUGUUGACCAGGUCUCAGACAGAGCUGCUGUGAAGGUGGUGAAGGUUGAGAGUGAGACUCCUGAUCUGCUCAGUCUCUGUCACACAGUACCUCUGGAGGUCAUCAAGUUAGGUACAAUAAUAAUAUAUCACUCAGUUUUCCAUUUAUCUUGACUAUCAGGUUGGGUACAGUAUCGCUCCACUGUAUUACGGCUCUGCUGUUUUCUACUAUAUCCAUUUGCUGUUGUGACGUUUGGUGCAACUGGCGGUGUUAACUGAACUGGAAUAAUCCCUCAUAAAAAGUACCCUAACUGGCUUGGUAAACCCAGUCUCCAUUUCCUGACACUAACAGUAGUCAUUUUACGUGACCACCAACCCAGUAACGUUACGAAUCAACAGCUCUUGGACAAAGGACAGAGAUUGGUAAUGUAGAAGUCCUAGUGUUGACUCAGGUUUGUUACUUCCUGUUUCUGCUCCAGCUUCCUUCCACUCUAUGAACCCUAUUGUCUAUUGGGGGGGGGGGGGGGGGGCGGGAGGGACUGACCCCCACUUAAUGUGUUUAAUGUUAUUAGGUGGUGAAGCUUCCUCACUGUUUAAUGUUAUUAGGUGGUGAAGCUUCCUCACUGUUUAAUGUUAUUAGGUGGUGAAGCUUCCUCACUGUUUAAUGUUAUUAGGUGGUAAAGCUUCCUCACUGUUUAAUGUUAUUAGGUGGUGAAGCUUCCUCACUGUUUAAUGUUAUUAGGUGGUAACGCUUCCUCACUGUUUAAUGUUAUUAGGUGGUGAAGCUUCCUCACUGUUUAAUGUUAUUAGGUGGUGAAGCUUCCUCACUGUUUAAUGUUAUUAGGUGGUGAAGCUUCCUCACUGUUUAAUGUUAUUAGGUGGUGAAGCUUCCUCACUGUUUAAUGUUAUUAGGUGGUGAAGCUUCCUCACUGUUUAAUGUUAUUAGGUGGUGAAGCUUCCUCACUGUUUAAUGUUAUUAGGUGGUAAAGCUUCCUCACUGUUUAAUGUUAUUAGGUGGUGAAGCUUCCUCACUGUUUAAUGUUAUUAGGUGGUAAAGCUUCCUCACUGUUUAAUGUUAUUAGGUGGUAACGCUUCCUCACUGUUUAAUGUUAUUAGGUGGUAAUGCUUCCUCACUGUUUAAUGUUAUUAGGUGGUGAAGCUUCCUCACUGUUUAAUGUUAUUAGGUGGUGAAGCUUCCUCACUGUUUAAUGUUAUUAGGUGGUGAAGCUUCCUCACUGUUUAAUGUUAUUAGGUGGUGAAGCUUCCUCACUGUUUAAUGUUAUUAGGUGGUGAAGCUUCCUCACUGUUUAAUGUUAUUAGGUGGUGAAGCUUCCUCACUGUUUAAUGUUAUUAGGUGGUGAAGCUUCCUCACUGUUUAAUGUUAUUAGGUGGUAAAGCUUCCUCACUGUUUAAUGUUAUUAGGUGGUAAAGCUUCCUCACUGUUUAAUGUUAUUAGGUGGUGAAGCUUCCUCACUGUUUAAUGUUAUUAGGUGGUAAAGCUUCCUCACUGUUUAAUGUUAUUAGGUGGUAAAGCUUCCUCACUGUUUAAUGUUAUUAGGUGGUGAAGCUUCCUCACUGUUUAAUGUUAUUAGGUGGUGAAGCUUCCUCACUGUUUAAUGUUAUUAGGUGGUGAAGCUUCCUCACUGUUUAAUGUUAUUAGGUGGUGAAGCUUCCUCACUGUUUAAUGUUAUUAGGUGGUAAAGCUUCCUCACUGUUUAAUUUUAUUAGGUGGUGAAGCUUCCUCACUGUUUAAUGUUAUUAGGUGGUGAAGCUUCCUCACUGUUUAAUGUUAUUAGGUGGUGAAGCUUCCUCACUGUUUAAUGUUAUUAGGUGGUGAAGCUUCCUCACUGUUUAAUGUUAUUAGGUGGUGAAGCUUCCUCACUGUUUAAUGUUAUUAGGUGGUGAAGCUUCCUCACUGUUUAAUGUUAUUAGGUGGUGAAGCUUCCUCACUGUUUAAUGUUAUUAGGUGGUGAAGCUUCCUCACUGUUUAAUGUUAUUAGGUGGUAAAGCUUCCUCACUGUUUAAUGUUAUUAGGUGGUAAAGCUUCCUCACUGUUUAAUGUUAUUAGGUGGUAAAGCUUCCUCACUGUUUAAUGUUAUUAGGUGGUGAAGCUUCCUCACUGUUUAAUGUUAUUAGGUGGUGAAGAUUACAAUACUCGUAAAGAACCAGAAGGUCCUCACUCUGUCAAAGCUCCCAAUUCACCACUUUAUUGACAACGUUUCGCUCCCAAACGGAUCUUCGUUAGGUCAAACAAACCGAGUGCUCACAUCCCAAAAUAUACACAUUUCACCUCACAGGGCCAUUACGGACAUGACACAUGGUGGGUCCGUAAACAAUGUGUAUCUCUAAUAAUUUGAUAUCAAUGAGAUGGGCACAUGUAGUAGCUACAGACAAUUAGAUAUAUAUUUACAAAAGGACCAAGUAGGAAUGUGAGCACUCAGUGUGUUUGUUUGACCUGACAAAGAUCCGUUUCGGAAGGAAACGUUGCCAAUAAAGUGGUGAAUUGGUAGUUUAACAGUGUGAGGACCUUCUUCAUUACUUGGAUUCUUUAUUAGCUCAGCACCUAUGUUUUAAAGGAUGUGCGUAAGGCCGCCUCUGGAAUAUACCUCUUCCAUUUAGCCUACUGUUCUAUCACUAUGAUUCCUUCCCUGGAUGACUGUUUCUGUUAUGAACCAGAGAAUAAGGCUGUAUUGUGUUAUUAGGUGGUAAAGGUUAUGACCCAGAGAAUAAGGCUGUAUUGUGUUAUUAGGUGGUAAAGGUUAUGACCCAGAGAAUAAGGCUGUAUUGUGUUAUUAGGUGGUAAAGGUUAUGACCCAGAGAAUAAGGCUGUAUUGUGUUAUUAGGCGGUAAAGGUUAUGACCCAGAGAAUAAGGCUGUAUUGUGUUAUUAGGCGGUAAAGGUUAUGACCCAGAGAAUAAGGCUGUAUUGUGUUAUUAGGUGGUAAAGGUUAUGACCCAGAGAAUAAGGCUGUAUUGUGUUAUUAGGUGGUAAAGGUUAUGACCCAGAGAAUAAGGCUGUAUUGUGUUAUUAGGUGGUAAAGGUUAUGACCCAGAGAAUAAGGACUACUCUGCCUUUAAGUCGUGGCUCCAGUGUUACUAUGUGGACGGGAUGAGAUCUAUACGAGAUCACAACGGCAGGACUGUGUGGUUCAAGGUGAGCACCGAGCCACACACACACACACACACACACACCUCAGGCAUUUAGACAGCUCAUGUAAUGUCAAUGUUUUGUCUGGUUUCAGGGAGACCCAGGUCCCAUGGCUCCUAAAGGUGAGGCACUAGCAGAGCCUAAAACAGAAGAGAACCCUUCCACAAUGCAACAGCCUCUUACUCUGUUUAGUGGUUAACAUGGCCAUGCCUUUCCUAAGAAACUGACUGAGUGUAUAGAAUGCAUCAGUAAUCCACUGGCUUGAUCUCAUCCUCUAGAUUCCAAAUCUCCCAAAGCAAAGAUGACCGUGAAGAAAGAGGAUGACCAUGAUUAUACAGGAAAGAAAAAGGUGAGUUGGGGGUAUAAAGUUCCUUGUUUCCCGGGGUAGUGUGACUGUCCUCCCAUCUCGUCCCUCAUCAGGUAAAGAAGGCCCGCGAUGAGAGCGCAGUGAAGCCAAAAGACGGCAAAAAAGAAACCGUCAAAAAGGAAACGGUGCAGAAAAAGGUGACGAAAGAAAAGGAAGUCCCUCAGAGGCGGGCAGGAAGGAGGAAGUCUGCCCAGGAAGUGAAUGUAAACACGCCUCAGCAGAAGAAGAGAACAGCUGCUGCUGGACCACGCAGGAAGACCACCAGGACAGAGACCAGUGCUGCAGGUGAGACGCUGCACGUAAUGCAAAACUUUUUGAAAGUUUGUCCUUAAGUUUGCCUGCAUCAUGUGAUUUAUAAUGAUUAUGAAUCCUCCGUGUUCAAGCCCCACAGACGCCGAGUGGGAGAGGGACCAGAAACAGUGCCAGACAGUAGAAGAAUAUUGUCCAUUUUCAUGCAGGAAACAGAAAUUACUAUUUUUUUUAGCUUUCAACCCAGAAAGCUGGAGGCGCAGAACUACUACAGAACGGGGGCCAUUUUUAAUACUGUAUAAGAUACUUUUUCAAACAAACUGUCUAUGAUAUAUGAUCCAUGCAAGAGAAAUCCCCUUUGUACCAUGUAAUAAACAACGUUUGAUAUCAUUUUGGUCUGCUUGCUUUGAGUGCUGUGUGAUGCAAAGGAAUAUUGAGAGCCAAGGUUUUAAAGUGAUAUAAAUGCUUUAUUUACUUAUUUCAACAGCAUCCAAAAGCUCAAUUUGAAAUAAGAAAAACAAAAAUGCAAGGGGGUCCCGCUUUAAAUGACAUGCAGCUUAUAAAGCCUUUAUAAACACUACAUAAAUAUGUUACAAAUCAUGUUACCGUAUGUCAUGCUUUAUAAAGGGUUCAUAAAUGUGGCAUAACUGACAAUCACCAAUGUCAAAUAUGACAUAACCCUGUGCUUUAUAAAGGGUGGCAUAAGCACCGCUUAAUAAAGACCUUAUAAAUCAUAUUAAAUUGAGGCUUCACAAAGCAUUUAUAACCCUGUCAUGCAUCUUGGUGCAGCAUUGCAACGCCAGGAUAUUGGGGUUCGAUUCCCGGACCACCCCAUGCGUAAAAAUGUAUUCAUGCAUGACUAAGUCGCUUUGGAGAAAAGCGUCUGCUAAAACAUUUCUAUGAUGGCCCAACCUCUCAGUCUUUAGUGCAUAGUCAACAUUGGACCUGACCUCAACUCCCCCAGAAUGCUGUGCUACAGGAUGACACUAAAGCGCUAGGGCCUUUUUAAAAUCGGUUGUAAUUUUCUGCCUACUUCUGUUCUUUCAACGGAUAUGUAUUCCAUAUUCAGUGAUUUGCAUUUACUUGAACUUGUAACAUGUUUUAAACCCCCAAUUUAAUGCAAAUGUCACCGAAAUAUGAAUCUUUGUUAAUGUUUAGACUUAUUUUUCAUAUCAUGAAUGGAUAUUGACACUUUUCCAUUAUUACGUGGGGGACUUUUAUUUUGAAAUUCCGUGACCCGGAAGUACUUUUUUAGUGUUGCUGAGAAGCCACUGAUCAUGUGAUCAGGCUCGCAAAUCAAAAUGUCCACUUGUGCUGCCACUGGACAGCGAAAGACAAGUCAACCUUUAUUGUAAUUUAAAUUAGUUUGUAGUUAAGUGUUGUUAGAUUACAUACUGUAGCUACCUCAAUCGUUAUUUCAAAUACUUCCUGUGAUUUCACAGCAAUUGCUAGCUAGCCGACUCAGCUAAAUUCAAAUCCCCCUAGAUACAGCCACGUCUCACAGUCACGUCAUGAGAUUUGUAAAUGAAAGACGAAUAUAAUACGAAUUGAAUGGAGUUUCUGGUGAAGCACAGAAAUGCCUUUAUCCAGAUGUGACCAAGGCAUUUCCUCACAGACCUGCUAACCUUCUUAGUUGUGACUUUAAGGUUGGAACCAACAUGCAGUACCUCCAGCAGGCAGAGAGGCAAGAACCAUUUGUCCUCCAGCUCCAAGACCUGACUGGGCCCAGCACCGCUCGGUAUGGCUCGUUAUAUUGUUGUGUUAAAGACCUGACUGGGCCCAGCACCGCUCGGUAUGGCUCGUUAUAUUGUUGUGUUAAAGACCUGACUGGGCCCAGCACCGCUCGGUAUGGCUCGUUAUAUUGUUGUGUUAAAGACCUGACUGGGCCCAGCACCGCUCGGUAUGGCUCGUUAUAUUGUUGUGUUAAAGACCUGACUGGGCCCAGCACCGCUCGGUAUGGCUCGUUAUAUUGUUGUGUUAAAGACCUGACUGGGCCCAGCACCGCUCGGUAUGGCUCGUUAUAUUGUUGUGUUAAAGACGUGACUGGGCCCAGCACCGCUCGGUAUGGCUCGUUAUAUUGUUGUGUUAAAGACCUGACUGGGCCCAGCACCGCUCGGUAUGGCUCGUUAUAUUGUUGUGUUAAAGACCUGACUGGGCCCAGCACCGCUCGGUAUGGCUCGUUAUAUUGUUGUGUUAAAGACCUGACUGGGCCCAGCACCGCUCGGUAUGGCUCGUUAUAUUGUUGUGUUAAAGACCUGACUGGGCCCAGCACCGCUCGGUAUGGCUCGUUAUAUUGUUGUGUUAAAGACCUGACUGGGCCCAGCACCGCUCGGUAUGGCUCGUUAUAUUGUUGUGUUAAAGACCUGACUGGGCCCAGCACCCGCUCGGUAUGGCUCGUUAUAUUGUUGUGUUAAAGACCUGACUGGGCCCAGCACCGCUCGGUAUGGCUCGUUAUAUUGUUGUGUUAAAGACCUGACUGGGCCCAGCACCGCUCGGUAUGGCUCGUUAUAUUGUUGUGUUAAAGACCUGACUGGGCCCAGCACCGCUCGGUAUGGCUCGUUAUAUUGUUGUGGUUAAAGACCUGACUGGGCCCAGCACCGCUCGUUAUGGCUCGUUAUAUUGUUGUGUUAAAGACCUGACUGGGCCCAGCACCGCUCGGUAUGGCUCGUUAUAUUGUUGUGUUAAAGACCUGACUGGGCCCAGCACCGCUCGGUAUGGCUCGUUAUAUUGGUUGUGUUAAAGACCUGACUGGGCCCAGCACCGCUCGGUAUGGCUCGUUAUAUUGUUGUGUUAAAGACCUGACUGGGCCCCAGCACCGCUCGGUAUGGGCUCGUUAUAUUGUUGUGUUAACGACCUGACUGGGCCCAGCACCGUCGGUAUGGCUCGUUAUAUUGUUGUGUUAAGACCUGACUGGGCCCCAGCACCGCUCGGUAUGGCUCGUUAUAUUGUUGUGUUAAAGACCUGACUGGGCCCAGCACCCGCUCGGUAUGGCUCGUUAUAUUGUUGUGUUAAAGACCUGACUGGGCCCAGCACCGCUCGGUAUGGCUCGUUAUAUUGUUGUGUUAAAGACCUGACUGGGCCCAGCACCGCUCGGUAUGGCUCGUUAUAUUGUUGUGUUAAAGACCUGACUGGGCCCAGCACCGCUCGGUAUGGCUCGUUAUAUUGUUGUGUUAAAGACCUGACUGGGCCCAGCACCGCUCGGUAUGGCUCGUUAUAUUGUUGUGUUAAAGACCUGACUGGGCCCAGCACCGCUCGGUAUGGCUCGUUAUAUUGUUGUGUUAAAGACCUGACUGGGCCCAGCACCGCUCGGUAUGGCUCGUUAUAUUGUUGUGUUAAAGACCUGACUGGGCCCAGCACCGCUCGGUAUGGCUCGUUAUAUUGUUGUGUUAAAGACCUGACUGGGCCCAGCACCGCUCGGUAUGGCUCGUUAUAUUGUUGUGUUAAAGACCUGACUGGGCCCAGCACCGCUCGGUAUGGCUCGUUAUAUUGUUGUGUUAAAGACCUGACUGGGCCCAGCACCAGCUCGGUAUGGCUCGUUAUAUUGUUUGUGUUAAAGACCUGACUGGGCCCAGCACCGCUCGGUAUGGCUCGUUAUAUGUUGUGUUAAAGACCUGACUGGGCCCAGCACCGCUCGGUAUGGCUCGUUAUAUUGUUGUGUUAAAGACCUGACUGGGCCCAGCACCGCUCGGUAUGGCUCGUUUGUGUACUGAGGAACAUAUAACUUGGAUCCAGAAGAAAGACACUUUCAAUUUCUUUAGGUUGGGGGCUUUCAUCAAGGUGAGUGUUUCUUGGUGUAACGUCGUCCCCAGGCUAUUGCACACACAGCACAUAUAACCCUGGGAGAUCAACCAAUCAGAGAUGGCCUUAGUGGGAGUGGCCAUAGAGUUCUAUAGGAGUGCAUGACCACUUCACCACAACAUGUCACCCUAUAUGGGAACGAGAUGAGGUGUAAUAUGACCAACAUGUCACCCUAUAUGGGAACGAGAUGAGGUGUAAUAUGACCAACAUGUCACCCUAUAUGGGAACGAGAUGAGGUGUAAUAUGACCAACAUGUCACCCUAUAUGGGAACGAGAUGAGGUGUAAUAUGACCAACAUGUCACCCUAUAUGGGAACGAGAUGAGGUGUAAUAUGACCAACAUGUCACCCUAUAUGGGAACGAGAUGAGGUGUAAUAUGACCAACAUGUCACCCUAUAUGGGAACGAGAUGAGGUGUAAUAUGACCAACAUGUCACCCUGUAUGGGAACGAGAUGAGGUGUAAUAUGACCAACAUAUGACCACUUCACCACAACAUGUCACCCUUUAUAAAGCACAUUUAUAUCAUAUUCGACGGUGGGUGACGUUACAUUUGACAUUGGGUGAUUGUCAGUUAUGCCACAUUUAUAAACCCUUUAUAAAGCAUGACAUACAGUUAUAGAUGCUUUGUAACACAUUUAUGCAGUGCUUAUGAAGGCUUUAUGAAGCGCAACGUCAUUUAAAGCGGGUCCAAAUGCAGUUACGAGAGACUGUAAUGAUGACAACAUCCUGGUCCCACUAAAGACACACAGGGACAAAGUGUGCAUACUAAAUGCACCCUAUACCCUAUUUACUGCACUACUUUGGACCAGAACAAAAAACAAUUUUACUUUAGGUAAAGUAGAAGGGACACAAUCUGGAAGGGACUGAAGUUGAUAGAGAUUCCGGAGGCUGUGAUUGGUGCAGGGCGAGAGGGAUCCACUCGCUCCAGUAGAUCACAGCUGAGGAGAGGACGAAUGAGAAGAGAAGAGGGUUCAGUGGUUGAAAACCGCAACAGGGUGUAA